CUUAUGAAACUCAAAUUCUCUUCGCGUGCGAUGGAUACGUUGUCUUUGAAUCUGCAACCGGGGUUCAAGUUCAGUCCGACGGACGUGCAAAUCUUCGACCACUACUUGAAGUUAAAGAUCACUGGGAAUGACGAAGAGCUUUACUUUAUUCGCGAAGUUCAGUUCUUCAAACAGGAGCCCUGGGAUAUGCCAGGUUUAUCCGGCAUAGAGACGACGGAUGGAGAGUGGUUCUUCUUCUCAUCGCCAGAACUGAAGCAGCCGAAUGGGAAACGGUUUAACAGGAGGACCGACGCUGGGUACUGGAAAGUGACCGGUAAGGAUCAAGAAAUCUGGUCCGGAGCGAGCUUGAUUGGAAAAAAAAAGUUUCUGGUUUUCUAUAAGAGGGGUACUGGCAGUACUGCUUCUAAAUGGGAAAAAACCAAUUGGGUAACGCAUGAGUACCACACAACCUUGAAGGAGCUUGAUGGCACCAAACCCGGACAGAAAGCCUUCGUCCUCUGUCGUUUAUUCUAUAAACCUAAGCAAAACUCCGGCAAAGUUGGAUCUGCCAAGUCUAAAUUAUCACUGGAAGAGCAAGCUGAGGAUCAUCCAACAACUAAUGAAUCUCUUUAUGAAAAUUCUGAUGGAAUGACAUAUGACACUUCAGAAUCUCCAGACAAGGGCAGCAAAGCGCGAAAGCGGAAGUGCUCUAGCAAAGCUGGACCUCCCAAGUCUAAACGAAGUGCGACUUCAGUAUAUCCAGCACUGGAAAAGCAAGCUGAAGAUCAUACAACAACCAACGAAUUUCUUCAUUCUGAAAAUUCUGACACUAUAGCAAGUGUUGAGUGUAGUGACAGCAAUUCUCAUGCUUACGCUUCAGAGAAUCAAGUGGCAGAAAUGGCAACUGUGAUAGAUAAUGAGGUGGUAGACUCAAAUAUGGCCUGUGUCCCACCAGACCUACUAGAUGUAGAUUGGAGGAGCUUUCUCUCCACAUUACCAGCAUCAGGAGAGGAAGCUGACAAUCAUGUCACAAGAUAUUAUCCUACAAAAGCUUUUGAUGCCUACACUACAAAAAAUCACACUGCCCAAGUAACGGCUGGUGAGGUUAAUCUGCAACUGGACGAGGAAGAACUAGAAAUGCUCUCUGUCCUGAUGCAAGAUCCACUAGGUUGCAACUCUUUGACCCCCUUAAGUUCACUCCCCAAUACACCUGUCGUUUCAUCUCCUAGCACAGCUAAAUCUUCUCCUGAAGAAGCAGGGUCUGACAAAAGACAGGCUUCAGUAUCUCCAGCAUCAGGAGAGGAAGCUGACAAUCAUGUCACAAGAUAUUGUCCUACAAAAGCUUUUGAUGGAACGACAUCAAACACUAUAGCAUUCACUGAGUGUAACCACAUUAGUGAUAGUGCCUACACUACAAAAAAUAAAGCUGCCGAAGUAACAGCUGGUGAUCAGGUGGUAGACUCAAAUAUAUCCUGUGUCACACCAGAUCUAAUAGAUUUAUAUUGGAGCUUGCUCUCUCCCUACCUUGAUGGUGAGGUGCCUUUUCAACAUGGCACGAAUGAUCCAGCCGAUUGUAGCUCUGAAUUAUUGGGUUUAAAACCUAAUUAUCCAGAUGAAUUCCUUCAUAGUGAUCCUAGCAGUCAAAAGAAUCUUGCUUUUGACCGUGAGACAAUGGAAAACAUGGAAUCUGUUAAGGACGACGGAUCACACAGUGCACCAAGUGCAAAAAUGCUCAAUGCACUGUUUGAUCCAACGGUUCAAGAUUCUAUGUGGUCUCAAUAGAUCAAUAGAGAAGGCUUCAUCUGGGGUUGUUAAGUCCCGGAUUCUAUAAUGGUGGAGGUUCUUCAGUCAGAUCUAGACUCCGAUUGAAGGUGGUCGAUCUAAACCCCAAAAUCUUGAAAACACCAAAAAUUUACAAAAACAAUUAUUUCCCAACAAGUUAUCUAAACCCAAUCCAAUUCCAGUUCUAGUUCCAAUUUCAAUUCUAGUUCCAGUUCCAGUUCCAGUUCCAGUUCCAGUUCCAAUUCCAGUUCUAGUUCCAAUUUCAAUUCUAGUUCCAGUUCCAGUUCCAGUUCCUAUUCCAAUUCCAGUUCUAGUUCCAAUUUCAAUUCUAGUUCCAGUUCCAGUUCCAGUUCCUAUUCCAAUUCCAGUUCCAAACUUUUAAUAAAUCUACUGCCUCAAGCCUAAACCCCAAGAGCCCAAACUUUUUAACCCAUGCCAGCAGGUAAAAAAUCCCAAGGUAUAAACCUAUUUGAAAUUAAUCCUAUUUAUUGAUUCCAAUUAGUUAUUCCUUUCCAGUCUAAGAAUCCCAAAUGUUCCUUCUAAUCCUUUUCAAUUAACUCGAUUAGAGUUCAAGGUCUCGAGUUGGCCAGUCUUCUCUCCAAAGUGGCAUUUGAGUGAUGCCAACAAAAUUUGAUAUUUGGCCUAUGGCCACUCUACUUUCUUCAAAUAUGAUUGGUCUGUUUACUGGUAUCUUCUACCGAUGCCUGCACGACGGUGGUUAAAUACCAACUCCUCAAGUUAGUACUACUCGAAGAUUAUCAAGCUUCUAAGGUUUUCAAAUUUGAAUAUUAUGUUUAGUGAAUGGAUCUUUGGCCUAUGGCCAACUUACUUUCAUCCAAGUGCGAUGGGUCAGUUUAUCGGCUUCUUCUAUUGACGACUGCCGGAGAGGGCUAAAUACUAACCCCAGGGCCUAGGGGGUCAGUACUCAACCCUAACUUCCCAAAUCCUAUACUUGAAACUUGUAUCAAGAAUUCGAAGUGUGUAUUUUAUUUGUAUUUCAAGUUUGUUCAAUUUCAAGUAUGUAAUUAAGAACUCAAGUUUCCAAAUGCUCUUUGAUACAUGUAAUUUUAUGUUUAUAUAACAUAUUAUCUUGGAGAA